UGCUUAGUCAGAAACUAUCAAGUUUAAUUGUCUUCAAUUACUUAGUAUGUAUAAUAUUUAUAUUAUACUUUUAAAUACUGUCUGUUGUGUUAUUCGAUUAUUACGUGUAUAUUUCCUAUUGUAAUCAUUUCAGCGAACAAUUUCUAAAAGGUCAUGAUAUUUGAGGUAAUUCGCUAAUAUAUCUAGCAUUGUGAUAUUUAGGACGUUGUAUGAGCGAAUCGGAAUAUUUUACCGAUAAAGCGCUACAGCUACAUAUGUCGAGGUGGCGACCACUAGUUUGCGUCAACGUCAUGAAUGUGAGAGCUAUUUCUAUAACGGUAUAGAAUGCUAUAGAAACGCAAAAAAUAACCGGACUUCGAAGUUUUCUUAUAUGAUCAUAAGGUUCAUCACAAAUAGAAGAAUCUUGCUCUUUUAAAAUAAUAAAUGAAAUUUUGAGGAAUAAUCAUAAAAGAGUUACGUAAAUGUUCCAGUAAAUAUUAGUGCAAAUCGAAUAAUAUUAAGUCGGAAAAUUCAAAAUCAAAAAUAAGAGUACAAAUGUUACGAUGUGACAAUUUCUAAUUUGUUCUUUGGUCGAUAUUUUAAUAUAUACGAGGAAAUAUUAUUAAUACCAUACGCAUGUAAGCACGUACAUUUGGAAAUAUACUUUUAGGAAAACGCAGUUUCCUAAAAGUAUAUUAUUCCAAAAUUCUUUUACGCAAACCAUAUCGAUAUAGUACCUCAGAAGAACUUAAUCAAACUGAAAUACUUGAAAAAAGAAUUUUGACGUAAAUAACGAGAAACGAAGCGCUAAAAGUACAGACUGUUAUAACUCUGUCAAACACUUGAAUAUAAAGCGACUUUCUUUCAUGUCGUGCUAUUAUUUACAAUUUAAACGAGCCACCAAAUAUAUCAGUUAUCUGCAAAUUAAAGAAAUCAUAAAUUGUAUUUUAAUGGCGAAUAAAUGCUAAGUAAAGAAGAAAAAAUACAAUUUAAAGGAUCUCGAUAUUAUCAAUUAUCUCUUGAUAUCACUUGAAGGUCUUUAAUAAGGAUGUUCGCUAGGGAACAAGAUCAAAACUGACAAGAAAAUAUAAUCUUUCAUUUAUUCAUUCGAAUGCAGGCGCUAAUCAAUUAACUAUUCCGUUCAUACCAAGGAGUAUCAUCGACCGGUUUGAGCUACUUCGACUGAAAUAGCGGUUUAAAGAGAUGGAAGGAAUAACGUCCAGUCGAGACGACUCGCUUGACCACUAACAAUAAGAGCACGUUUUCACUGAUACGCAUGAAUAUCAGUGAUAUCUCUCGCUCGGCACUUACGGAACUUUUCGCGUGACGUAUAAAACCGCAACGACCUUUUGUUAAUGAUUAAAAUCCUCCCGCGAUCUCGUUAGAUCGAUAUUUUGUUGAAAUUUUACAAAAAAAAAAGUGUAAAAGGAAAGAAAUAAUAAUAUUCAGGUUAAUUUAUUAUCAAAUAUAUCAGCUAGCUCAUUAAGAAUAUUUGAAUACGUUAAAUAAAACAAUCCAAAGAAUAUUCGCAUAUACAUACGUACGCAUUGAUUAAAUAAAAAGCCUGAUAUCAUAUCUACUUGGUUUCACCUUGAACGCUAUUUGCCAUGAAAUGUGCAUGCUCUUAGAAAAGAACUAUCGAAUAUUAAAAAGAAAAAGAAUGAUAAAGCGUAAACAAGACAUAUGGCUUCGUCGCAAUUGUUAAUUGAAAAAAUCUGUUUUCCAUUUACCGAGCUCGAGCAUUCGAGAAUUAGCUAUGUGACGCGUGUUGAAUUUCAUAUCUCAUUGAAAUGACAUACGUGCCAUCAGUCUUGCGUCCUUCGUCUUUUCGUUCUCUGCAAUCGCAAAAAUACUAAUUGAUUUUCUUCGAGUAUUAUGCGUCUGUUGCAUUGCGAUUUCGAAAGCAAUCGCAUUAUUUUUGCUCUCGCUAUCAUUUUGCCAGUCAUUCUGCAAACUUGUAAAAAAAGUAGUUUUACGACGGAUGAACACGUGCCGACUUGGGGACUUUACUCGUUCAAACUCGUGCUCGCUUGAUAAAGAUUUGAAAAUACGCCUUAUCUUUAUGGUUUCUGUACCGUGUGAAGAGAGAAACGCGAGUCUACCUUAUUCGCAAAAUAGCGUAAUGCUUAUUUUGUUUCAAUUAUAUUAUCUUAUAUAUAUACACACAUGGUUGCGCGUGCGUCACUUUACUUCACGGUGCGUAAAGAGCUGAGCAAUAUAGUGGCUUAGUGAUUUUGGAUAUACUGAGUCAUGGACAUCAUCAAUGUGAUGUCUCUGGAGGAUUCACGACGUUCUCAACGACCGUACAGGUAUGGUAUGGUCCUGUUAUGUGUCGGAGCUCUGAUAAAUUGGCUAGGACUCGCGGAAAAUUACGUCGAACCAGUUCGAUAUGUUGGAGUCGCUUGCAUAGUCGCAGGGGCACUUUUGAUUUGUGCAGCGAUGUGUUGCUGGUUACAUGCGCCGCCAACUCGGACCAGUACGCACGCGCAACACGCGAAUCAUCCGAUUACGGCCCAGAUUGAAGAGUCUUUAGAUCAAUCCAGGUCAGUCCUUUAUUAUCAAGACGCAAGGAGCAACGUACGUUAUCGCAAGAAGUUAAGAGAAAUAAUUUGUAUUCGUUAUCGUGAGAAGUUAAGAGAAAUAAGUUUGCUACUUUGUAAUUACUUCUAGCUCCUGCAAGUAAAAAUCCUGCUUUAAAAUUGUUUUUGUCUGUUUAUAAAAAAUAAACGUUAAAAAUAAACAAUAAAAAAGAACAUAAAAAAAUAAUCUUAAACGAUAUAUAAUCUUCCGUUGCGAUAAUAAGAUUCAAAGUUAUCUGUCGACUGCCUUUAUCUAACUCCUUUUUUACCGGGAAAAUCCUCUCUUUCGUUCUUUAUCAACUCUGUUGAUUUUUGUUUAACGUUAGUCUUCGUCAUUUAUAAUGUUCUAUCGCGCUUCCUAUCUCUCGUAAUCCAAGGAAAAAUAGAAAAAAAAGAGAAGGAAAAAUUACACGACUUUUUUUUAUCGGAUAUAAUCUAAAAAAAAAAAAGUUUCAUAUAAAACGCAACUCAUUUCAGGUUUUUCCUUUUUUAAACGUUCUACGAUUUCUAUUUUACGUUCAUCGCGAAUUCUUAAUACAAGAGAAGGAAAAAACAGGAAGAAUGAAACUAUGAGAUAGUCGAUGUAGACAAUGAAAGGAGGUCGUCUACUAGAAUCGUCGUUAGGGACGGUUACUACUUUAGGGAUAUUCACCCGGAAGUGUAUAUCUAUAAAGCUAUAUUUUUAUCGUUGGUCGUUCUUACAGAUAUACCUGCUUACCUUUUUUAUUCUCCAUACGAUAAAACUGGUAUAAAUUUUGCGGAUGGUAAACAAAACAAGAAAGAUUAUAUAGAAUACCCUUUUCUGCACAUUCUAACAAUUCAUAUUCGUUACAAACCUUUGAAUAUUCUAAUUUGCUCUUUGGAGAAAAAAAAAUCAAUAAACAAAAUUUGUAGCCAUAGCUGACGCAUCGCGAGAUUUAAGUCGUUCACCCUGUAUUUCCACUUAAAAGCGAUUAUGCAAUUUUCUCCGAAACUUUCCUUAUAGCUGCAAAUAACCGGUCUAUUCUGGUCGUUUGUGUCUCAUGCGUCACCCUAUACAUAUCUUGUCCGCCCUUUCGCGGCUUACAUUCAAGCGGCUAUAUAGUUUAUAAAGAAUACCCAACUCAGGUCCGUAGAUAGAUAUCUAUAGACGACCUACGGACAAAUAUAAAGCGGCGGACACUUCCGGGUGAAUAUCCUUACGCUAUUGAGUAAGAGAAAAUUGUUAUGUAUCGCUGGUAGUUAUUUAUCGUGCACUGAACCAUCUUAGCUGUUUUUUUUUUGGAAUUCAUUGAUCGAACGUCUCUACUCUUGAAAAUUCUAUCUACUGGAAAAUUUAUAUCGUCUUCUUUUAUACACGUAAUUGCGUUUAAAUACGGAAAAAGUCGAGAGAAAGAGAAAAGUUGAAUAAAUUCUGUUAGAUCAGAGAUUCGUUAUAUAUAUAUGUGUGUGUAUAUAUAUAUUUUCAUAAUUUAGUUUUUUGAUAUUAUAUAGAUCUUGUAAAUAUUGAUAUAAUUAUGCAUUAUUAUCGACGGUCAAAUUUAUUCGUUU